GAAGUAAUUUAUGGUCAAUUGUUUAUGUUUUUCAUUGACAGGGGAAUGGUAGAAGAGUUCCACUUUUUCUGUGGACCUAUCAAAGAUGGGAAUUGUAAUUCUAUUCCAAGAUUAGGUUAUUAUGAGAUGCUGCUCUGGAUAUCAGUCAAUAACGAAGAAAUGAUUGGGAAACUUUGUGAUUACAGUGCAGUUGAUGAUAAUGAAGAUAAUCUUCAGUUAAAAGAUCAUGGAGCAGAGAAAAUCUCGAGACUCAUCUUUAGUUAUGCUUCUUGCAUUCCAAAUAUAGUGGUGAGGAAUCUCUCAUGAUGCUGCUGAGCUAGCAUUUCCUUCUCCACUUCAGUCCAGAUGCAUCCUCAAAAUGCAUAGUAUUAAGAAGAUAAACUCUGGCUUGCUUGACAGAUGUACCAGAUAAAAAUUAGUUAGACAAAAUUUAGAUUAAAGAAGACAAUAGGAAAAUGGCAUGCUAGUUAGAAUAUAUAUACCUCAGCUACUUUUGGAAGGGUAAGAACUAAAAAUGACACUGUAACACUAUGGCACCAUUUUGCCAUUUGUUUAUGAUUAUUACAUCAUCAACUUUGUAUAGAUCCAAAAUCUAAAUAGGGAUUAUUGAUUUUGUUCAUUAAAUGCGAUUUCAAAGCAAGCAGGUCUUACCAUGUGCCUGGUAUAUGUUGUGUCUUCACCAAUAUAAAAAUGCUUAUUUAGAAAGGAACAAGCUCAUAAGAACUAUCUUUCCCACAUCAUUUGCAAGUCAUAGGAAAUUCUGCUCUGCUCUAAAAAGUGACUGAAGAUCAGAAUAAAUAUUCAAACAAAGCUUUUGUGAUAGGAAUUUUGGUCCAAUAAAAAGAGAGAGCAACCAAAUAUGUGUUUGAAUUGUGUUAAUUAGUACCAAUCCAAGUUUUGUGGGCCAUGGGGACUCCAUAAAUGAAAUUAGGACUCAGCCAUUGAAACCAUCACUUAUAGUUUCAGCAAGCAAAGAUGAAUCGGUUCGGCUGUGGAAUGUUCAUACUGGAAUAUGCAUUUUGAUAUUUGCUGGAGCUGGGGGUCACCGCAAUGAAGUUUUAAGUGUGGU